GCAGCCGGCACCAUGCAGAACGCCCUGGGGCCCGCCUGCAUCUUCCUGCGCAAGGGCAUCGCUGAGAAGCAUGGGCACCGGGAGCUGGGAGCCGAUGAAAUUGAAGAGCUGCGCGAGGCCUUCGCGGAGUUCGACAAGGACAAGGACGGGCUGAUCGGCUGCAAGGACCUGGGCAACCUGAUGCGCACCAUGGGCUACAUGCCCACCGAGAUGGAGCUCAUCGAGCUCUCGCAGCAGAUCAACAUGAACCUGGGGGGCCAGGUGGAUUUCGAAGACUUCGUGGAGCUGAUGACACCCAAGCUGCUGGCCGAGACGGCCGGGAUGAUUGGGCUGCAGGAGAUGAGGGACGCCUUCAAGGAGUUUGACACCAACGGGGACGGGGAGAUCACGCUGGACGAGCUGCAGCUGGCCAUGCAGCGCCUCAUGGGCGAGCGGCUCACCCCCCGCGAGAUCAGCGACGUGGUCAAGGAGGCCGACAUCAACGGGGACGGGACCGUCGACUUCGAGGAGUUUGUGAAGAUGAUGUCACGCUGAGGGGCCUGAGCCCUGCCGAGAUCAGAGACUGACCUUGGGGGGGGGGGGUCGAGCCCGACUGGCUGUCAAGACACCACUAUGAGUUACCCCCAAAUCGCUGCAUCCUGCCCCCCACCUCCCUGCCAACUACCCCCAGAGUCCCCAAUGCCUUCCCCAGCCUCCUCUUCCCCAGCCUCCUCACCCCCAGCCCCCUCCCACAG